ACUAAAAAACCGAUUUUCGAAACCAACACAAUGACUGGAGGCAAAUCCGGAGGCAAAGCCAGUGGCAGCAAGAACGCGCAAUCGCGUUCGUCCAAGGCUGGUCUCGCUUUCCCCGUUGGACGUGUCCACCGUUUGCUCCGCAAGGGUAACUAUGCUCAGCGCGUUGGUGCUGGUGCCCCUGUAUACCUCGCUGCCGUGCUUGAGUAUCUCGCUGCUGAAAUUCUCGAACUGGCAGGCAACGCUGCUCGUGACAACAAGAAGACCCGCAUCAUCCCCCGUCAUCUCCAGCUUGCCAUUCGCAACGAUGAGGAGUUGAACAAGCUAUUGGGUCACGUCACCAUCGCACAGGGUGGUGUUUUGCCCAACAUCCACCAAAACCUUCUCCCCAAGAAGACUCCCAAGAGUGGAAAGGGCCCCAGCCAGGAGCUGUAAACUGUUUGUUUUUUCGUGGG